AUGCCCUCGAAACAAGCAACACCCCGCCCCUCGGGCCCAACCGGCCUAACAAGAGGCUACCUCUUCACCUACAACACGGCCAACCUCCUCGCCUGGGGAACAUGCCUUCUCUACACAGCCAGUCUCGUCCCGAACGCUGUCGCAUCCAAAACCCUCCCCUCAAUCUUCCCGACAACCUUCAACCCCUUGCUGCUGGCGACGCAGUCCCUGGCCCUCCUCGAGGUCCUGCAUAGUCUCGUGCGCCUCGUGCGAGCGCCCUUCAUCACGACCGCUAUGCAAGUCGCGUCGCGACUGCUGGUAGUGUGGGGUAUUCUGGUGCCGUUCGGCGGGGAGAUUGUUGGCGCGAGGGGUACGCAGGUUGGUGAUUAUGCGUAUUUGGGGUGUGUGGCUGCUUGGGGUGUGACGGAGGUGAUUCGGUAUGGGUUCUUUGCUAUUACGCUUUCUGGGGGCAAUGUGCCUGGGUGGUGGACUUGGUUGCGGUAUAACACUUUCUAUGUGCUGUACCCGAUUGGUAUUACCAGCGAGUGCACGUUGAUUUUCAAGGCUCUGGGUCCUGCGGGUGAAUUGAACCCGUUGUUCCAGUACUUUUUGAUUGCUGUGCUGGUUAUCUAUGUGCCUGGCUCUUAUAUCCUGUACACUCACAUGAUUGCCCAGCGCCGCAAGGUUCUCCGUGGCAAGAAGCGUGCUGAUUAG